AUGGCCAAGAGAAGAGUAACAGACGAAGAUUCCGACAUUGACGUGAGUUCCACCGACUCCGAAAAUGAAAUGGAAGUUGGAGUUGAUGGUGAAGCUGUUAACGAGGGAGGAGAAGAGGAAGAAACUGUGAAUGUUGAUUUUGAUUACUUUGAUUUAAACCCAGAUGUAGACUUCCAUGCCACCAAGACUUUCUUGAAACAACUCUUGGGGGAUGAUGCUAACGAUUUUGAUAUUUCUGGACUUGCUGACUUGAUUUUAACCAAGAAUUCAGUUGGUACCACCAUUAAGACUGAUGGUCAAGAAAGUGAUCCAUUUGCUAUUUUAUCUGUCAUUAACCUUAGUGAAAACUUGACCAAGCCUUGUAUCAAGACUUUGAUCGAUUAUGUAUUGAAGAAGACUUCUAAAAAUACUGAAUUCAACUUGAUCUUGCGUAAGUUGCUUAGUGCAAAGGGUAACUCCACCAAGGAUACUUCCAAGGACUUUAAGGUUGGUUUGGUCUUUAGUGAAAGAAUGAUCAAUAUGCCAGUUGAAGUUGUUCCUCCAAUGUAUAAGAUGCUUUUCGAAGAAAUGGAACGUGCUGAAGAUUCUCAUGAUAAAUACGAAUUUGAUUACUUUUUAGUGAUUUCUAAAAUUUACCGUCUUGUUGCGGCAAAUGAACAAGAAGAACAAUCCAAUAGCAAAUCUAAAAAGAAGAAGACUAGUGGAGGUGCUGAUGUUGGUGUGGAAAUGGAUUAUUUCCACUAUGAAGAUCUUGUCUUGGAAGAAAAUGCAAUGUAUAAGGGAUAUUAUGAUUACUCUCAAGUUAAACAAGAGACUGAUUCUAGAAGAGUUUUCACUGAAUAUGGUAUUGAUCCUAAAUUAAGUUUAAUCUUGUUGGAUAAGGAAAGCUUGGCCAAGUCUGUUCCACAGAUGGAGGAAAAAUUCCCACCAUUUUAA